AUGGACAACUCGGUCUCCUCUGAUUAUGACCACCUGCCAAGAUCCCCCUUACUUGAACAUGACUCCGGUCUCGGCCUAUCCGGGCUCGAUCGUAUACGACAGCAGCCUCUGUCCCGAGUGUUCACGCUCCCUAACCCCUCUACCUCGUCUAUCGGACAACCAAACUCGCCCCCGACGCGCUCAGGCGCAUCAUCGAGAGCUACAUCGGUAUACGUUCCCUCGGGUGCGGCAAUACCCCCGUUUGAGGAUUUGCAUCGGUUUCCGUCAGAAUCCCUCCAUUCGUUUUCUUUCGCUCAGCAAUCGGACGAAUUGCUCCACUCGCGCCACAAUAUCCUGAAGCGGUCGAUUGAUUUCAUGAAGGAUCGGUUUGGCUGGGCCGGCAACAGUCCUGGAGUCGCCAAUGCGCAGGCUCGCAUCAGUGGAGAGAGCGACUUCCAGAAUAUGGUAGAUCUCUUGUCCAAAGCAAACGUGUUUGACAAGGAAUCUCAAGGUCGCCAAUUCUCUAAUUUCCACGGACCACUGACCGGUCCGCCCGAGGCCGACAAUGUUUUCGAUAAAUCGUUUCAGAUCCAAGGAUCAAGCGCCGAGAGCCACGGCCCGUUUCCCGACUAUGUUGACACGGCUAUCGACGACAAUCAGCUGCUGAGCCCUAUGCCGGACGAUAAUAUUUAUUCCCGGAAACGAGAUCUGAUGUCUGCACCCACCUCUAGACGGGUUAGCUUGAAACGCACGUACACGGAUCUGAGCACGGUAUCCUUGCAAACCAAGCUCAUGGAAACACUGGCACAACCCUACGGUGUUGCUGAUUCGCUGUCUUCGUCCGGUUUUAGUGCUCUAGGACUCGGCGUUGGUCCGGCGCUACAUACACAUAGCAGCAAAUGGAACCCAGUCUCCCAGGCGGUUUUCAGAACGGAAGCCAAGGCGCCAUGGACGAUUAUUUCAGCAAAUGAUCUUGCCUGCUUGGUUUUCGGGGUUACGCAAUCUGAAGUAAGGAAGCUGAGCAUACUGGAAGUAGUCCAGGAGGAGCGCCGGGCAUGGCUGGAAUCGAAGCUUCAAGACCCUACCACCGAUGCCACAGCAAAAUUUCCGAAUGCCUCAGGAAAGUCCCGAUUCAACAUGUCCAAGCCGAUGGGCAUGGGCAAUGGAGUCACAGCACAACUGCUAAAUAAACCAUCGUCGCGGCAAAAGGCCAUUCGCCGGGCUCAAACAGACGAUGGUUACGGGUCUAGCACGCGGAACCCUAGAAAGUCGAAUCAUGCGGCAACUAAAUCUCGAGGGGUCCUGCUCUGUGGUGAUGUUGUACCAAUUCGAAAGCGCAAUGGAUCGACGGGAUCGGCUAGCUUGUGGGUCAUGGAAAAACGUGGAGGGCUCAUUUGGGUGCUAGAAGAAAUCACCGAAAAUGUGGCUUAUGUGACCUAUGAUAACAGUGGACAUAUCACAGAGCUAGAAGGCGAUACCGACCAGAUCUGGGGCAAAGGCUUUGCCCAAGUUGGCUCAUUGAUAAACGACCUGCUUCCCAACAUACCCAAGGAAUGCCUUCCUGAUGACUCCGGGAAAGGGGUGGAGAAAGUGGUUGAAUCCAAGUAUUUCGGAGCACGCGGUGCUGGCACAAAUUGCGUUCCCACUACGGUGAUGAAGAACCCAAAAGGCACGCCGCGGUCAUUACGCAUCUCAAGUUUUCCGCAUGUGGCCGGCAUGAUGGUGCUGUCUUCAUCCACCCUUAACGUCAUUAGCUCGAACUCCGUCUUCUCGUCGGCUCUGUUUGGCCAAGAACGACCAGAAGGGCAUCAUAUCUCGGAGCUCAUUCCGGAUUUCGAAGGUUUCCUCAAGACGUUGACAGAAGAAGACAAAGUGACUCUAGCUGAUGGCAUGGUUAUCCCGGAACACAGUUUCCGGCGCGCGCGAGGUCUGUUUGUACUCCGGGACAACAAAGCCAACGCAGCUUCAAUAUUCCUUGAGCCGGACGGUCUUCCAGCCAGACACCGGGAUGGAACUCGACUCUCUGUCGAUGUGCAGAUGCGAAUCGUUCGAAGCGAAACUGUCUUUCCCGAUACUCGGAAGCAAGAAGAGGAGAGUUCUAAAGCACAUAAGGAUGAUGAUAGCGACGACGAGGAUGAUGAGGCGGCUGACACGAUUGCCGUGACUGAGAUUGUCUAUGCCCUCUGGAUCACUUACUCUAGACAGAUCCAUGCCGGACAUCAUAACGCUUUCUCAGUCGGUAACUCGACAGUAGAAGAGGCUAGCUUAACGCCUCAGCCUCGGUGUGGACAACGGACGCCCUCACCACCGCCGUCAUUGCCAUCUCACUCCAACACACCAUCCCUGGACAACAAAACCCCCCUUUCGCUGCUGAGUGAGAAGCUGAAUGAAGCUGCAUCCACACCGCUGGCAGAUCGAACUGCACAAAAAGCGGCCGAGGCGAACCGGGGCUUGGUGUCGAAAGAACCAGCUAAAAAGCGGACGAUUUCGGAAUACGUCAUUCUGGAGGAAAUGGGCCAGGGAGCCUAUGGGCAAGUGAAGCUGGCGCGGUUAAAAAAGACCCCAUCGAAGAAGAUGGUGUUGAAGUACGUGACAAAGAAACGGAUUCUCGUGGACACAUGGACACGCGAUCGCCGACUGGGUACGGUGCCGCUGGAGAUCCAUGUCCUGGACUAUCUGCGGCGGGACGGGUUCAAGCACCCGAAUAUCGUCGAGAUGGAAGGGUUCUUUGAGGACGAGAUCAAUUACUACAUCGAGAUGGUACCGCACGGGCUUCCGGGCAUGGAUUUGUUUGACUAUAUCGAGCUGAGGGCCAACAUGGACGAAGGGGAAUGCCGGAACAUCUUCCGACAAGUGGUGGAUGCCAUCCACCAUCUCCACACCAAGGCGCUAGUUGUACACCGCGAUAUCAAAGAUGAAAACGUCGUUCUGGACGGGGAUGGGCGGAUCAAACUGAUUGAUUUUGGAAGUGCGGCCUACAUUAAGAAUGGGCCGUUUGAUGUGUUUGUGGGAACCAUCGAUUAUGCAGCCCCGGAGGUGCUCCAGGGCAAGUCGUACCGCGGCAAGGAACAAGACGUGUGGGCACUGGGAAUUCUCUUGUACACGAUCGUCUAUAAAGAAAACCCGUUCUACAACAUUGACGAAAUCCUUGACCACCCGCUGCGCGUCCCAUUUCUGCCUUUCUCCGAAGACUGCAUUGACCUCGUUCGCAAGAUGCUAGAUCGAGACGUCGACAAUCGACUUACGAUCUCGGAAGUUGUUGAGCACCCCUGGAUGACGGCAUCCUGA